AUGAGAAACAUCAAUAUCUGUCUCAUAGCUCUCGCAUCAAUACUAUUUCUCUUAAUAAAUUUGUAUGGUCUUCUAGAAAUUUUGAGAUAUUUUAAAUUAAAACAGUUGAAGGAUUUGCAAGAACGUCUGAAAGAAAGUAGAAUACGUGGUGAGAACAACUGGCAUACUGUCUUUACAAGUACUUCACUAUAUGAAAUCAGUAGAGAAGCAGAUGAAACUACUAAGUCACAUAGGCCGAAUAUCGAAUUCCUACCCAGAAGUUCAAAGAAACCUCCUAUUCCUUUCAUUGAAACGAGCACAACCACUUCAACAUCACACACAACUACACGUGCUCACGUGACAACUCAGAAAGAUGUUGAGCCUCCAACAAUCAAAUCUAUUAUUACCACCUAUACCACCCGUCCCACUAUCUUCGUCACAAAUUCAUCUGAAAUUGAGAAAACAACAUCAGGAAUUCCUGAAACUAGUACUUCGACUCCAAGAAUAUUAAUAACAACCAAACCAGAUUGGUUCCUAGAUAGCCGCCAAUUAGAAGACCAGCGACGUCAAAAUGCUGAAAGAAGACGUCAACAGCUAAUCAGAGAGGAAAAUGAACGCCGAUUCAGAGAGGAAGAAGAGACAAAAAAACGCCUGGAGCAUGAGAUAGAAGAGAGGAAGCAAAACGAACAAGAGGAAAGAGAUCGUAUCCAUAAACUUGGAGAAGAACGUCGCCGAAAAGAGCAUGCUGAAAAAAUGGAAGAACGUCGCUUACAAGCCAUUGAAGAAGCUAGAAGACAAAUGCUUCUGAGACAAGAGCAUGAACGUAUUGAAAUUGAAGCUAGAAGACGAUCUGAUUUGGAGAAGAAAAAACUGGAAGAGAAACAGAAGGAAGAGCUAGAAAAAUUGCGCCUUAAGGAACAACAAGAGCUUAUCAGAAAGCAGAAGCUCGAAAUUGAACAAAGGCGACUUGCAGAGCAGCAGCAUCGAGAACGUGAAAAGCUGAGAGAAGAGUUGCGUCAGAUCGAACAUUUGCGUAGGCAAAAGCUAGAAGAAAAUGCGAUUGAGGAAAAACUACUAGAAACUGAAGAUCGUGAAGAUGAAGGUAAAACCAUUGAAAUGAGUCUGGAAGAAGAAGACGACAUGGAGCUCGAUGAAGACUAUGGAGUCCGAGCAACAACACCACUUGCUCACAAAAAUGUUGAAUCUCAUGUGAACCAUUCACGAGAACCUUAUCACGUUGAAGAAAAUUGGUCACUUGGUAGACAUCGCCCGACUACGACUUCAUCUCCAAAGGAUUCUGUUGAAACUCCAGAACCUCCUCGAAACGAAGAGGUUACGAUCGUGACAGCUUUCUUGGAUAUCGGUCGAGGAGAGUGGUUCCAUUAUCAACGCCCUCUUGAGAAGUACCAUGAGUUCAUGGAGAAUUUACUGAGUUUAAAGAACAACAUGGUUAUUUUCACAGAUAAAUCCAGUUAUGAUUUCGUGCACAAGUAUAGGAAGAACUUGGGAUUGAUGCCUAUGACAAAAAUUCACAUGAUUCAAUUUGAUGACUUGCCUUUGUCUAGACAUUUACCUUACGCUCAAAAGAUUAUCGAAGAUGAAAUGAAUAACGAUGAGUUGUAUUUGGAAGAUCCUGAUAUGAAGAAUCAUCCUGAAGCCAAAUCAGCUGAAUAUGACAUUGUCGUCAAUUCAAAAACUUAUUUCCUCUACAACACAACAAUGGAAGAUCCAUUUGAUACGGAUUUCUUUGUUUGGAUCGAUGCUGGUUAUGGACACGGAAAUCAAAAUGUAUAUCCAUACGAUAACGUGUGGCAACCCAAAUUUUCUCGUAACAAAAUAUCAAUGAUCAAGCUUACGCCGGAGCAUGAUCCUAUUAGUAAAUAUAAAAUAGAUAAUCUUUAUCGCCGAAACUGGUCUGUUAUGUCUGGAGGAUUCAUAGCCGGUGAUAAAAGAAGUAUCGGUCAGCUUUACACAAUCACUCAUAAUAAGUUUGUUCAUCUAAUUUAUCAAAACAAAGUAGAUGACGAUCAGACUGUAAUGGUCCUGGCCAUCAAUGCUUAUCCACACUUAUUCGAAAUCAAACAAGGGGAUUGGUUCGAUGCAUUCCGGCUUUACUCUGAUCCAGAAACUCCAUUUGGAGCGAAGAACAAAUGA